CAGGGACCAGGCUGCCCAGGCCCUGCUUGCUUGGCUGGGGCUGGGGGCUGGGGGGAGGUGGCCAGGAGGCUGGGCCUGGGCAGCUAAACUGGAGCUUUGGCUAGGGUCCAGAGCCUCCCUCCCUUCAGCUUCCUGCCGUGCAGAACCCUCGCCCCUGGCCACCCUAGGCUGCCUCCUUGCCCAGGCAGACCCAGCACUGGUUGCUGCCAGGCAGAUGGAGUAGCGGGCAGGGGCUGGAGGGGCCACCCUCCCAGCUGACCCAGCCUCCCGGGCCGCUUCCUCCAAACCAGCAGGGUGGAAAGAUGGGACACCCACCAGACUCUCCCAGUGCCCUGGCCCCAGCUGGCACCACAGCUAUACCUGGGCUUAUUCCAGACCUCAUCGCCGGGACGCCCUGGCCCCGCUGGGCUCUCAUUGCAGGCGCCCUUGCUGCGGGCGUCCUCGUCGUCUCCUGCCUCCUCUGUGCCGCCUGCUGCUGCUGCCGCCACCACAGGAAGAAGCGCAGGGGCAAGGAGGUGGUGGGUCUGGGCAGUGCCUGUGGCACCACCACCACCCACCUGGUGCAGCCUGAUGUGGAUAGCCUGGAGUCCAGUCCGGGGGGCGCUCAGCAAUGGGGGCGCCUGCAGCUGUCCCUGGAGUACGACUUUGGAAGCCAGGAGAUCAGGGUGGGCCUGAGGCAGGCAGCCGACCUGAGGCCCGGGGGCACUGUGGACCCCUAUGCGCGGGUCAGCGUCUCCACCCAGUCCGGGCACAGACAUGAGACAAAAGUGCACCGAGGCACGCUCUGCCCUGUGUUUGACGAGACCUGCUGCUUCCAUAUCCCGCAGGAGGAGCUGCCGGGGACCACCCUGCAGGUGCAGCUUUUCAACUUCAAGCGCUUCUCGGGGCAUGAGCCCCUGGGUGAGCUCCGCCUGCCACUGGGCACCGUGGAUCUACAGCACGUUCUGGAGCACUGGUACCCGCUGGGUCCGCCGGCUGCCACCGAGCCCGAGCAGGUGGGAGAGCUGUGCUUCUCUCUCCGGUACGUGCCCAGCUCAGGCCGGCUGACCGUGGUGGUGCUGGAGGCUCGAGGCCUGCGUCCAGGACUGGCAGAGCCCUACGUGAAGGUCCAGCUCAUGCUGAACCAGAGGAAGUGGAAGAAGAGAAGGACAGCCUCCAGAAAGGGCACGGCUGCCCCCUACUUCAACGAGGCCUUCACCUUCCUGGUGCCCUUCAGUCAGGUCCAGGUGGGUCUCCAGGAGGCAGGGGCAGAGCGGGACCCAGUGCCAGACCACGAUGACCACGGUCUUUCUCCUCCAACUCCGACACAUGGCCUGUCUCUGCACAGAAUGUGGACCUGGUGCUGGCCGUCUGGGACCGCGGCCUGCCGCUCCGGGCUGAGCCUGUGGGCAAGGUGCACCUGGGUGCCCGGGCCUCGGGGCAGCCCCUGCAGCACUGGGCAGACAUGCUGGCCCACGCCCAGCGGCCCAUUGCCCAGUGGCACCCCCUGCAGCCAGCCAGGGAGGUGGACCACGUGCUGGCCCUGCAGCCCCGCCUGCGCCUGCACCUGCCCUUGCCCCACUCCUGAACGCACCGUGUGCCUCGGUCUCCCUGCUGAGCCCAGGCACUUGCCCAGGCCGCCCUGCAGGACCACUGCAAUAAACGCCUUCUCCUGCCACUGUGUGUCCGGCUGGAGCCUGGAGGGGAUGCAGAAACAGGGCCUGGCUCCACUGGCCAGGGCCCCCCCACAAUGACAGGGGAGGGGCUCCUCUCCAGAGUCAGCCAGGCCCUGAGGCCUCUGACUGGUCCCUGCCGGACCCUCGGGUAGGGGUGGGAAACCUGCCCGGGAGCACCGAUCCCCACCCCCGGGCCACGUGGGAAGACCUGGGAGGUGGGGGCCAGAGAGUCAGGACCACAUGGGAUGGGGCGAGCUAGAGCCAGCGCUGUAGGGACACAGUGGGCAGUGGUGUUUGGGGGCCGGUGAGCGUGGAGGGAGGACCCCCAACACCUCAGAGACCAACACUGCAGGGCCUUCCCCGCAUGAGCAGCAGGGGGCAGCAGAUGCCUUCGGAAGCUGCUGGGGCCUUUAGGGGCUCAGUCCUGGCCGGAUGCCCCUCCCAGGCCCCACACAUCUGGGCUGCCUUAGCGGCUGGAGCCUCCACACUGCUGUUUCCUCUGAUCCUCCCCAUGGGGCUGCGAAGCCGGCAGGGCUGGAGCCAAGAGCCCCCACUCCGAGAGGGUGCCAAGUCACGGU